GUCACUUGUCAGCGCUAGUCUGAGGCGGAGGCAACGCGGCGCGCGUUCCGAGUUGAAGAUUAAAAAAUGAGGACAAUAGCCUGGAAAAUAUCACUUGGCUUUUACACACUCCUGAUUUGUAUUUUUCCUUCAUUGCCUGGCAUUCUAAUUUGAGCUAUUGGAACCAUGAGCAACUACAGUGUAUCCUUGGUUGGCCCAGCUCCGUGGGGCUUCCGACUGCAAGGUGGCAAGGAUUUCAACAUGCCUCUGACAAUCUCUAGUCUAAAAGAUGGUGGCAAGGCAUCCCAGGCAAAAGUGAGAAUAGGCGAUGUGGUCCUCAGCAUUGACGGAAUAAGUGCAAAUGGGAUGACUCAUCUGGAGGCCCAGAACAAGAUAAAGGGCUGUACAGGCUCCUUGAAUAUGACUCUACAAAGAGCAUCUGCCACACCCAAGCCGGAGCCAAUUUCUGUUCAAAAGGGAGAACCUAAAGAAGUAGUUAAACCUGUGCCCAUUACUUCUCCUGCUGUGUCCAAAGUCACUUCCACCACCAACAUGGCCUACAAUAAGGCACCACGACCCUUUGGUUCUGUGUCUUCACCAAAAGUCACCUCCAUCCCAUCACCAUCGUCUGCCUUCACCCCAGCCCAUGCAACCACUUCAUCACAUGCCUCCCCUCCACCUGUGGCUGCUGUCACUUCUCCCCUGUCCUCUGCAUCUGGACUGCAUGUUAAUGCCAGUCUUAGUGCUGACCAGUGUUCACCUGCACUGAGUGCUGGUAAAACUGCAGUUAAUGUCCCACGGCAGCCCACAGUCACCAGCGUGUGUUCCGAGACUGCUCAGGAGCUAGCAGAGGGCCAGAGAAGAGGAUCCCAGGGUGACAGUAAACAGCAAAAUGGUAACCCUGGCACUGUGAAAUUUCCACCUAAACGUCCACCAAGAAAACACAUUGUGGAGCGCAAUACGGAGUUUUAUCACAUACCCACUCACAGUGAUGCCAGCAAGAAGAGGCUGAUGGAGGAUACCGAAGACUGGCGUCCGAGGACUGGAACAACUCAGUCUCGCUCUUUCCGCAUCCUUGCCCAGAUCACUGGGACUGAACAUCUGCAAGAAUCUGAAUCUGAUAAUACAAAGAAGGCAAAUAGUAUUCAGGAGCCUUCUCAACAGUUGGCUUCAUCUGCAGCGUUGCCUCGGAGUGGGCUAGAGAGCGUGGAGAGCACCGGUGCCAGCAGACCUGGGGGAGCCAGCCUCACGGCAGCUGCAGCCUUCAAGCCAACAGGCUCCACCAGUACAAUCAAGUCUCCGAGCUGGCAGCAGCCCAGCCAAGCAGCACCUUCUACUGGAAAAAUAUCAAACAGUGCAACUUUCUCAGGAGCGAGGGCCCCAGCUAGCUCAGCUGUGGGGCAGCCUCAGCCAGGUGACCAAGAUACUUUAGUGCAAAGAGCAGAGCACAUCCCAGCGGGGAAACGAACUCCCAUGUGUGCCCACUGUAACCAGGUCAUCAGGGGACCAUUUCUAGUGGCACUAGGGAAAUCAUGGCACCCAGAAGAAUUUAAUUGUGCUCACUGCAAAAAUACAAUGGCCUACAUUGGAUUUGUAGAGGAGAAGGGGGCGCUGUAUUGUGAGCUGUGCUAUGAGAAAUUCUUGGCUCCUGAAUGUGGUCGAUGCCAAAGGAAGAUCCUUGGAGAAGUCAUCAAUGCUUUGAAACAAACUUGGCAUGUUUCCUGUUUUGUGUGUGUGGCCUGUGGAAAACCCAUUCGUAAUAAUGUUUUCCACUUAGAGGAUGGUGAACCCUACUGUGAGACCGAUUAUUAUGCCCUUUUUGGCACUAUCUGUCGUGGGUGUGAAUUCCCCAUAGAAGCUGGCGACAUGUUUCUGGAAGCUCUCGGCUAUACCUGGCACGACACUUGCUUUGUGUGCUCAGUAUGUUGUGAAAGUUUGGAAGGACAGACCUUUUUCUCCAAGAAGGACAAGCCACUUUGCAAGAAGCAUGCUCAUUCUGUGAAUUUUUGAAAGUCAACAGAUAGAGAAGAAAUUGGAAGAAAAAAAGGAAAUUUUAAAUUACCAAUCAAUUUUUAGAUAUAGUAUUUCAAGAAGUUUUGAAAAGUAAUAGUAGCCCUGAAGGGAUAAAUUCCAACAUUAAGAAUCAAGUUUAUGAUGAAAUAUUUGGCUUCAGAGAGAAAAGGGACAGUUUGGCAUUUAUUACUUUGUCCUGUAUUUUCUGCCCAUAAAAUAACUUUUAUAAAAAUCAAUUUCCUGGUUGAUUAUUAAAUUCAUGUUAGCAUGUAUUAGUAAAGAAUUAAAUUUUAGAAUACAAACCCCAACCUCUAUAUGCUGAAAUAAUUACACUUUCUUUCCUUGUUAGGUAGUUAAAAGUAAAUCUGCAAAGGGCAAUGAAAAUGCCUUAAACGUUAUUAGUAAGAAUCAUUGUAAAAAAAAAAAAAAAAAAAAUGGUUACCUUUAAAAGAGCAAGUAGUUUAAACAAGAUUUUAUCAGUAGGAGGUGACAGUUUUUAAACAAAUGGGUAUAUGUUUUUUCCUCCCCCUCCACAUUACAGUUGAUCAUUGCAAUAAGAAAGGCCAGGGAGGUUUUUGAUCCUGCCUAGAGAAAGGCUAUACUCUCCUAUUGUGCCCUCUCGGUAGUUGCCAAAUGGUUUGUAAAUCCCAAAGGUUUGCCUUAUAUUAAGAUGGGACUCCUCCAGUCAUUGUGUAGUCUUUAUCACCUUGUUAGUCAAAUUGUUAGUCAAAUUUCAGUUUUUCUUUCCCUCAUACUAAACAGAACUAAUGAAAUUAUUUGGGCUCUAAUCAAUCUUGUUUUCUCUCUUUAAUAAAUAAAAAAGGAUAUGGUUAUACAUUAAGGUAAAUGAGAAGAUAGCACUUUUGAAAAUACAAAUAAAAAAUAUAUUUCCUUCUUUUCAGAUAAUUCAGAUCAGUUUUAGAAUUGUGCCAUGGACCAAAGAUUGGAGAAUUAUUAUUUUGAAGAAUUGUUUUUUCUUUAUUCUACAUUAGAAUUGGGUUGGGAUUAUAAUAAAAUCUAGACUUUUUUUUUUUUAAUGGUUCUCAGUAAUAAGUGAACCACUUCCAAAUGUGAUCAUGAAGUCUGGAAACCUUUUAUUCAUAGAGGUUUGGCUAUAGGAUGGAAAUAUGAUUAAUUACUCAGACUGGCCUAUUUGUUUUCCUCUUCUGUGCAGAGAAUUAUGUAAAUACCACAUGGAGAUAGAAACAGCUCUGCUAAAACUGUGGACUCUGUUGAUAUUUGCCCAGGGAGAGAACAGAUUGCAGGCUGUAUUGAUACUUUCUCUUCCAUUUCCAGAAUGGAGGAAGUAGUCCUGAUGGGUUGUAACCUGAACUUGUUUGGGGCCUGGCGCUUUAAGUCCAGAUGAGUUCCCUAACCCUUCCCCGCCCUCCUCACCAAGAAAGUCACUUCCAUUGUGUGCAUGUUUGUUAUAGAGGAGACUUAGGCUGCAGUAUUUAUUUAACCUCCCUGAGAACUUGCAAGGCAUCAUCCUGAGAGCUGUUAGCUCAGGGUCCAACAGGUUCCUUUUUACGCAGAUAAUAACUGGGGGUAAAGAAUAGAAAGGGACCACGCAGAGUAGCAACGUGAAUGCUUCUCCAGUAGCACCCUGACUGCCUCCCCGCCCUGCAUUUUGUAGGGAGGCAGGCAGUUUCUUUUUUAAAAGUGCUGGAACUGAAUUGUGCAUUAAAUCUCACUGCUGCCUAAACCACCUACAAAUGACCUACUGACUAAGUGCAUCGUUGUGUAUUUAAUGUCAGUCUUACUUUAUACAUUACAAAAUGUUGGUGGUUUUGAUAUGAUCGCAAUUUUUGUUUAGUUUUGCCAUGAUAGUAUUUGACAAGUUAAUGGCAUUUGAUUUCCAAGAAUUUUAUUUGAUCUGAUUUCUGUAAAAUUAACCUUUCUUUUAAUGAUAUCAUUUGUAUUAGUCCUUUUAUCCUACAUGUUGUUCAUGGAGCAUUCCUCCACAUUUUAAUCCCUAAAGGGGUUGCUUACUAAUUUAUCACUUUCUUUGUGCUUUGUCCAUCUCUUCUGUGGCAAGGCUUUAGAUUUGUUCCUAAAGUAGUUAAUUCUGUGAAACAAAUGUUGACCAACUCCAGAAGAGUCUGUAUUUUUUCAGUAGGGAAUGCCAUAUUUAAUUCACCAGCAUUAAUCUUUUAAUAACUGACAGAGCACUUUAUUCUUCUGAUAGGUGCCCCAAGUAUUUAUUUUUCUGAUUAUAAGUAUCCUGUCAGUAGCAUUUUUAUUAUCCUUCACUGUAGAGCACUGCGUUUUAGUCUCUCUGGAUGCAUAUUUUGGGACGCUGUAUUUGCCAAAACAAAAAUGAAAAGCAUAGUAUGUGACUCUUAAAAUUGUCCCUAUUCAAGUUUAUCAUUUUCAAAAUUUUAGUGAUAGCUUCAGGUGUGUAUUAUUUCUAUAGUCUAGAUUCACAUAUUGCCCACUCAAAUAGCAAAUUAAAAAUUAUCCCUUCUCAUAUUUAUAGUAGCAUAUGUAUUUUUGUGGGUUAAGGUUAUAUUUAGAGUUUAAAACUAAAACCUUAUCAUUUGGUCACAUAAAAACAUGGAAAUAAUAGUUAAAAUGUAUAAACUGUUAGUGUAGAAUUAUUUUUAAAAUUAUCCAUAACAAAAAUGUGCCAUUUUUAAGGAGUACUAUAUUACUACUAACAUUGUAUAGGAAGUAAUUCCUUUCUUUCCCCUGUUCAAGUAUGAAUCCAGCCCUUGAAUUCUUGUGGCAUUUGGCAUUGUAUAUCAGAGAACAUCCAGAAGGAUUCAACACUGAUCUAAUGUGGCUUCAGUUCAUCCUCCUUACCCCCAAGUGUUGGAGUUGGAUUCUUAAUGUAUAAUUUGCUUCAUCUGUUAAUCUGUCUUCUGUUUAAGUUUUAAGUUUGUAUAUGUCUGCUGCUUUGCUUUUGGGUACAUUUUCUAAUGAAAAAUCACAUGAGAAAUAUAAUCAGUAGAUGAUACUUUAAUGUGCACAUACUCAGUAAAUAAAUGACUGCAGUGAUGUAGAUAA